UUGGUAACUAAAUGUAUUUUUAUGCAUACCAUGUUUUACUAUGGUCGUCGAUGAUGGUAAUUAUAUUUAUAUUUGUUUUUAAAUGGUUUUACGUUCUCUUACCAUGUGGUAUUGUAUGGUAAUUAUGAUUAUUUUAUGGUAAUUCGAUUUACCGUGUUCUACUAUGGUGGUAUUGUAUGAUAGUUAGAUUUACAAUUUGUUGUAACAUGUUUUACCACGUUAUACCAUGUGGUAUUGUAUGGUAGUUAGAUUUCUAAUUUUAUUUUAGCAUUUAUAUCAUAUGGUAUUGUAUGGUAAUUAGAUUUGUAAUUUUCUUUAGCAUAUUUUGCCAUGUUUUACCAUGGUAGUAGAAAGUGAUAGUCCUAUUCAUACUUGUAAUUACCCUUCUUGGCAGAGAAUUAUUAAAUGAAAAAAUCAUCAUUCAAUUUGAGUUGGAGUUGGGGUAGAGAGAGCUGAGAUUGUUGAAUUCAUAUUUGUUUUAGAGAUAGAGUUAGUGUGUAUAGAACAUGUACUUUUUUUUUCUCUUUUAGUUGUAGAUGGGAGAGAGAAGAAAUAGUUUAAUUUUUCUUUUAACAAUAGAUAAAAGAGUGACAGAGGAAAACGUGUGGAGGACGGGGAGUUGGAUCCACGUUCGGUCAAAAGUAGGCGUCAGGUCGUUAACAUUAAAUGAGGGGUGGAUGCAAAUUACCCUACUGCCCCUCCGUGUUUCAUUUAAAUAAAAGAGAACGGUUCAGAUAAAGACACGUGGAGGAUAGAGGAAGGGGUUACCCACAAUUAUUGAGGAUAUGGUUACUGACCUGAUCCGAACCCGUUAAGCCGGGUUCCUAGCCUAAAAAGGAAGCUGGGGAAAAAGAGUUUUGCAACCAUGUUAGUUGACGUGCACCCACAACCUCCGCCUCCUGGAAGUGGGAAACCGGGACGGCCGGAGACGGCGGCGACAGAAGGGAGGCGGUUGGCCAUAGCCCAUAGGAGAAGGGAAGAGGAAUAAUAGCAUACAGAGAAAAAGAUUCUUUUGGAGGACCGGGAAUUGGGUUUUGACAGUUUGACUCGUAGCUAUAUUAUUUGUUUGGUACAAUAAUAAACUCGAGAAGGAAGGAAAGAAGCCCUCAUUUUCUUUCUUUUCUCCUUCCUUCCUUCUAGUUUCCUCUGUCUCAAUCAUAGUUCUGUGCUUUGCUUUCCGUCUGCAGUUUACCCUCUGUAAUUUUCUGUGCGAUCGGACACUUAAACCCAGGAAAAGGUUCAAAUUUUGAGUGCAGCGGCGAUCCUAAUUCUCGAGCAGCACUCCGAACAUACUCCUUCCUCUCAUAUACAGAUAUCUUCCUGCUUUGUUCAGUUUCCACUUAGGUUUUCGUAUUUUCUCUUCAAAGGCAAAGCUACAGAGUUGGGUUCUCAGCCUUUCAGCUUUCAAAUCCCCUGAACUAUGCGUCCUGAUUAUUGCAGUGAUUGCCUCAAGCUUUUCCGUCGUCUUCUUGAAAUAGGUUGUCCUGGGGACAGCUCUUCUUAUCAUGGCGUUUGAUCAGUGUAACAUCAUAUCUCGAGCUUGCUUCUGAUCAUCUGUUAUCGAUACUUCACUGGGUUUACCUCGAAGUUGUCCGCUUUCGACUUCUAUACUCCUUGAUUUCGUCCUUCGGAUUAGUUGCAGCAAUUUUCCAUAACUUUGUUUCUAGACACUUGGUUAACAUGAUUGAAUUAUAGGCUUCCUAUGUCAAUCGCCUGUUGCAUUCCGGUAGUGGAAUGUGUCUACUGUCUGGCAUGUGUUCGCUGGGCAUGGCGAAGGUGCAUAUACACUGCUGGCUAUGAGAGCGAGAAUUGGGGCUUAGCUACUUCUGAAGAGUUUGACCCUGUCCCCCGCCUAUGUCGCAUAAUCCUUGCAAAUUAUGAAGACGAUCUUCAUAAUCCCAUUUGGGAACCACCCGGAGGUUAUGGUCUUGAUCCUGAUUGGAUGAUGGUGAAGAAGAAUCAUGAACACACGGGUGGCAGGUCCAGUCCUUACUUGAUCUACAUCGAUCAUAAGAAUGCUGAUGUGGUGUUGGCCAUUAGAGGGCUGAAUUUGGCUAUUGAGAGUGACUAUGCCGUUUUGCUCGAUAACAAGCUUGGACAGACUAAGUUCUGUGGUGGGUAUGUGCACAAUGGCCUACUGAAGGCAGCCCAGUGGGUUUUUGAUACAGAAUGUGGAGUUCUCAGGGAGUUGAUCGAGAAGAAUCCAAAUUACCGGUUGACAUUUGCUGGACAUUCCUUAGGUGCCGGGAUAGUUGCAUUGAUGACGAUUUAUGCCCUUCAAAAUCGAGGUAGAUUAGGGAACAUAGAGAGGAAGAGAAUCAGAUGCUUUGCUGUGGCUCCUCCAAGGUGCAUGUCCUUGAACUUGGCUGUCAGAUAUGCAGAUGUUAUUAACUCAGUUGUGCUUCAGGAUGAUUUCUUACCUCGUACAACCAUGGCUCUGGAAGACGUCUUCAAGUCACUUAUCUGUUUCCCUUGUCUGCUUUGCAUAAUGUGCUUGAAGGACACUUGCACUCUUGAAGAGAAGGUGCUUAAAGAUCCAAGGAGGCUAUAUGCACCCGGUCGCCUGUAUCACAUUGUUGAGAGAAGACCCCUCAGGAUAGGAAGAUUUCCUCCAAUUGUCCGGACAGCAGUCCCGGUGGAUGGGAGGUUUGAGCACAUGGUUCUGUCCUGUAAUGCAACUGCCGACCAUGCCAUUAUCUGGAUAGAGAGGGAAUCUCAGAGAGCUUUUGAUCUAAUGCUGGCGAAUGACAGGAUGAUGGAGAUUCCAGGGGAGCAGCGGAUGGAGAGAAAGGAGUCUCUGGCACGAGAACAUUCCGAGGAGUAUGAAGCAGCUCUUCAGAGAGCCGUUGCUUUGGACAUCCCUCAUGCACAGGCAUCGUACGGGACAUUUCUCGACGCAGAAGAAGGAGAAACCUCUGGGGGCAGCUCAUCAGGGACUGCUGCAGCUGCUGCUGCAACUUCGUCGUCCUGGUCUUUCGGGAAAAUGAGGGAGAGGCUUGAUAGCUUUGUCGAUCGUAUGUUCGAUGUAGAUGAAUUUGGUCACAUGGUGUUUAAGAAGUCUGUCCCGUAAAUAAACUAAUAAAGUGAAACUACUUUGCCUGACUUCGUUUUAUUCUACCCAAUUUUUAUUUUGGUGUGUUCAACAAGCCAUCGAGUCAAACUGGCUCACGAAUCUUACAAGUUGAGCAAGGUGUAACUCGACCUCGACUCAUUAAUAAACGAGUUGAGUGUCGAACACCGAACUGCCCGUGAGCAGCUUGGCACAACCCUAGUCUUACCUUGCCCAAUAUCAAUCUUUCGUUUUUCUUAACACUACAGCUUUAGGUAAAAAAAAAAAGCCUCUUUCUUGUGAUGUGUCUUACCCUACCCAACAAAUUUGCAUAAUUUCGACCGAAGUGGACAACAAAUCAACAAUUGUGAAAUGAUCGGUGUCGUCGCACAAGCAAGCCGAAGUUUGCAAAAAUUGUCAAUUUUGGUACAACAUUGUUUUAAUGAACAAUUUUGUUAUGA